AUAUUGACUUGGAGUUGGUGGAAUCAGAGCAUAUAAAUACUGAUUUGAAGAUAGUAGAAUUAGAGCAUUUAGAGGUGGAAUUUAAUGGUUAUGUAGUUAGCACAGAUGAUUUGAGUAUUAGUAAGGUUUCACAGUUAUCCACAACUUAG